ACACUAUAAGAAUAAGAAUAAGAUUUCUCUCUCUCUCUCCCUCUCCCUCGCCCUCUCCCUCUCUACUUAAUUUGUACGUACGUAGCAGCCGUGUAGCUAGUGUGGUGAUUGAGAUUCUGAGAACACAUAGGAUCGAUACCAAUGACCAUGGUGGGAGGAGGAAACAGAAGAACAGUUCUGAUUCUAUCAUCGGCAUUACUGUUGAUGCUGAUACUACUAGUGGAGGCGUCUGCCGGAGAAGGACAAGGACAAGGGCGCAUUUACAAGAAUAUUUCUCCGGAGGCGGAGAGACGUAAUCUUCUUGCCAAUGGCCUUGCAGAUACUCCACCCAUGGGGUGGAAUAGUUGGAAUCACUUCGGCUGCAACAUCAGUGAAUCCAUGAUUAGAGAAACCGCUGAUGCUAUUGUUUCUACUGGUCUCGCGAAACUUGGAUACACCUAUGUAAAUAUAGAUGAUUGCUGGGCUGAAUAUACUCGUGAUCAACAGGGUAACUUUGUGGCUAGGAAAUCAACGUUCCCAUCUGGCAUCAAAGCCCUUGCAGACUAUGUCCAUAACAAAGGUCUUAAGCUUGGUAUAUAUAGCGAUUCAGGUUCCAUGACUUGUAGCAAGACCAUGCCUGGUUCACUUGGUUAUGAGGAACAGGAUGCCAAAAUGUUCGCUUCUUGGGGUAUCGAUUACUUGAAGUAUGAUAACUGUAACAAUGAAGGGAUAAAGCCAACUAUUAGAUACCCGAUAAUGACUAGAGCUCUCAUGAAUGCGGGCCGUCCUAUCUUCUUCUCACUAUGUGAAUGGGGAGAUAUGCAUCCUGCUUUGUGGGGUUCUAAGAUAGGAAAUAGUUGGAGAACCACUAAUGACAUUACGGAUACUUGGCUUAGCAUGAUGUAUAUAGCAGAUAUGAAUGAGUACUAUGCAGAUUAUGCAAGACCUGGUGGCUGGAAUGAUCCAGACAUGCUUGAAGUUGGAAAUGGAGGGAUGACAAAAGACGAAUACAUUGUCCAUUUUAGCAUAUGGGCCAUCUCCAAAGCUCCCCUUCUUAUUGGUUGUGAUGUUAGAAAUGUGACAAAAGAAACCCUUGAUAUCUUAGGAAACAUGGAGGUCAUUGGUGUCAACCAAGAUAGACUUGGUGUUCAGGCCAAAAAGGUGAGAAUGGAAGGUGAUCUUGAGGUGUGGGCGGGACCCCUUUCCAAAUACAGAGUGGUGGUGCUGAUGGUGAACCGUGGUCCAGCAACCUCUCUGAUGACAGCCCAUUGGGAUGAUAUAGGACUCCCUCCAAACACCACCGUCAUUGCAAGAGAUCUUUGGCUUCACAAGGCAUUGAGGCAAACACCUGUGGGGAACCUGAGCGUUACUGUAGCUUCUCAUGCUUGCAAGAUGUUCAUUUUGAAACCGGUAUCUUGACAACUUCAAAUUAUACACUUUCUUGUGUAUCACAAUUGAGUUACAACUUAUAACUUAUAUAAUAUUAUGGGAAUGUACUCUACGUUUUCUA